AUGUUUUUGUGGACAGUUGCGCUACUAGCAGUUCUGUCAGUGUCUCCAACAGGCCUUCUCAGACCAGGAAAGAAGGUACCCAGUUCAAUUCUUGAUAAAUCAAUACUUUCUCCUCCGUCUUACCAAUUGCCUCUGCCCAUGCAUAAGGUUGAGACCGCAGAGAUGACUGUUUCUGUAGACCACGGUGGUGUGCAUACCUUUCUCCCUUCAGACUCUUUUCCUCCAAUGAUCCAUAGCGCACUGGUCAUUGUUGUGUAUGGAAGUGAGGUGUUUCAGAAUAUUAUUUUCACGCACCUGGCCCAUCUGAAAAGCUGUCCAUCGCACUAUGCAAGUAGAAUUCCAAUAAUCACAGUAGUUCCGGACAAGCUUGAAGAUAUCACAAGUUUACAGCUGGAACAGGCCCUCGCUCAUCGUACUCGCAUUAUCGUAGUCUCCGUUUAUGAGCCAGACUCGCCCUAUAUCUCAUUCCACGAUUCGACCAGCUCUCAGAUCCUUCUGAACCCCCUACUAUUCCCUGAACUUUCAAGCCAUCCAAACAGUGAGCUCUACAACUACGUUCAUUCGCACAUUGCACAUGGGACGUACUUCACCCAGAGGCCGCUAGCUCCUCCACCAAAAGUUGUCAUGUCUAAACGGCAUGCAAUCAUAGAGCACAUAAGCAUCAUGUUGUCUACGCCCAACCAGUCUGUACCUAAAUUCAUACACUAUCUAAGCUCGCUUGUGGCGCUCCAGGACCACCAGUCAGAGCAUGGCCAUAGACACUACGUGGCGCUGUGUCCUCGAACACGCAUAGAACAUCAAAAGCGAAUUGCACUGUUCUUUCCGUUUAACCUCUGGGUAUUGGCUGGGGCUGGCAUAGCAUAUAGCCACUACCAAAGCCGCUACUGGAAUCAAAGGCUCUAUCUUAGCACUUUAUUUCUUCUUGCUAGUGCGCCAUUGGGUCCUGUGCUAUUUUCUAGAGCAUUAGCCAUAUAUGCAUCCAUUAAUCUAAAGACACACAAGUUCCCUAGAUGUGUAGCCCACAACCACCUAUAUCUAAUCAGCCUUGGAGCCAUUGUCCUAUCCAUUCAAGUAGAUAUAGCGACUAGGUUAAGUGUUUGUCUUCCCCUAGUCAUUUUGCUUAAUAUGAUAUGCGAGACUAUACAAUUUCUUCUCCAGCAAAAGCAUGGAGAAAGAAAUCAUCAUGGCAGAGCCGGUAAAAUAUCAUUUAUGCAUUCAUUGCCUUGCUCUGCUGGAAUUUUACAGUUGGUUAAAGACCACAUAUCUCCGAGUUUCCUCUGCAAGAAGCUGUGCACCGGGCCAUAA